AUGGAUUUUGAUGCACUCUUUCCUGAAAUUAAUCCAAUCCCUUCGGUUCCUAUCAACCCUCCGUCCUCUUCUGUCGAGAAUCUCCAAAAGCAAACUCAUGUGAAAUCCUUUGCUCAAGCUCUGCGAGGAGUCUGUGAUAUCCCAGUUUCACAACUGCCUCAUCCUGUCAUCAAGGGUGACAGACCGUCUAUUACCAUCCCUGAAGACGAAUAUAAAGCCGGUCUUGAUGAAUGCAAAAACAACCUUCACGGUCGAGUAUUGUGGCCAAAAGGUUCUACUCCUCUCACGGUUGUAGCACUUCGCAAGAAACUUUCUUCUCUCUGGCCCAAUGUAAAAAAUUGGGGCGUUCUUUCAUUGGGUAGAGGGUACUAUGAAUUUACUUUUGCUAACGCGGAGGAUAUGCGCAGCGUUAGAGCGUCAGGAUCUAUCAGCUUAAGCCCGGGUUCUUUAAAGCUUUUUGCUUGGACUAGAGAUUUUAACCCAGCCUCUCAAAACAAUACAACUGCUCAAGUUUGGGUUAGGUUUUUUGGAUUGUCUCAAGAAUAUUGGCGACCCCGGAUUCUAUUUGCAAUAGCAAGCUGUGUUGGAACACCCAUCUGUAUUGAUUCUGCCUCUGCAAAGCCAAGGAUGGACCGUACAUUUGGGCAUUUCGUUAGAGUCCUUAUAGAUAUGGACCUAUCUUCACCUCUGAAUCAUAAUGUCUUAGUGGAGAGGGAAGGUUUUGCGUUUUUCGCUGAUAUAGAAUACGAGAAUCUUCCUGAGUUUUGUAGUCACUGUAAGAAACAGGGCCACUCUGUGCAUGACUGCAAGCUGCUGCGAAAACAAGAUAUUAACUCUUCUUCAAAAUCUCAAGAGACUCUCAAGCCGGUUUUGAAACCUCAUGUCGCUGCGGCUCAACCUGAUGCGAACAUAGAUCCUGCUGGUGGAAAAGUAAAUGUUACGAGCACUCUUGUUAUUGAUACGGAAACAGAUGCUGGUGUGUUGGAUGUCGCGGUCUUAGUUGCUGAAGUUGAGGGCGGCACCCCUAUCCUUGAACCUGUUGUUAACAACCUUGUGGUGGAUAGAAAUGCUGUAGUCAGUAGCUCUCUUAACUAUAUUGCUAAUCCCCCAGAGGAUAUUGACUCACCAAUAUCUGAAUUUGUUGAGGCCACUCAGGCUUUGGCUGCUCCUGACACUGAGGCAUUUUUGCAAAAUUCAUGGGACAACCUUGCUGGAUUACCAGAGGGUGCUUUCUCCACUGCAGUUGCUAACCUCCAACAGAAACACGUUACGAGGUCAAAGAAAAAACACUCCACCAGGUCUCAAGCAGGACCAAAGAAAUCGUCUUUAUGA